GUCCGAGUUGUGCUACAGAUUACGGUGCUCAGUGCAGUCUUGACAGAAACCCCAGGAAUACGAAAUAAUUUUACACAAAAUGAAACGUCAAUACAAUGACACGAAAGUGUGUUUAAAGGACAUGCAGGUCAGUUUGACGAUGGAACUGAGCUACCCUUUGGAAUCGGAAUCAAACGUUUUUUAUGAAAGUGGACUAUCGAAAGUUAUGAAACGAACGAAUACUGUCAUUUACUGCCCCUCGAACGAAAAGGACUCAGUAGCCGGCAUUCAAAAGGUGGAAAUCGUUGGAUCGUUGGCCGCCGUCGAAUCUGCUCGACUAUUAAUACGGGAUUACGUACCCAUCGGGUUUGUCACCAGCUGUAGAUCUGAUCGAGUCGAUUCGCUCGGGACACACCUUCUCGUUGCUCAUUUUUCCUCUACGUUUGGUGUUAAGAUGGUUUUUAAACUUGUUGAAGAAGAUUCCAGUUAUCAGGUGAAUAUCCGAGGUCAUCAAUAUCGAUUUGCGCUGUUAAGGGAAGCAGUAUACCAUUUCUGUCACAUCGUUCAAACUCCUUCGGAAUCUGUGGAAAUGGAUUUAGGAUCGUCUUCUCUACAUGUCAGCCUCGUACGCAACUGCACUCAGUUAAUAGAGAAGAAAUCGGGUGCUCGAAUAUGCUGCCCAGCUGAUGGCAAUUCAGUCUUAGUAAGAGGAUCUCUAGAAACAGCAUAUUUUGCCAGUGAAAUCAUAGCGGGUGUUACUCCAUUGCAUUUAAAGUUCCAGGGCCCAUCGUCUGUCGAGAUGAAUGAACGCAUUCGUUCGAUCUCCCGUCAAAUGGAUAUCUCCGUUUCCAUUGACAAAACGGAUUCGGGCAUCGACGAACUUAAUUUCUCUACAUGUGAAUGGAAUACCCGUUACCUUUAUGAACUUUGGCGUCUGCGUCUAGGUUUGCAGUUAAGUUUUUCUAUUUUGCCAACACAGCGCUAUCUGUGGUCGGAUUUAGCAGAAUUGCCCAACAGUUUCUUUAGGAAAGUAAACUCCACAAUUUUCGGGCCUCAACGUGAAGAGCUAGCCCUAGAAGGGCAUAGGACAUCUUGUGAUGAAAUUUUAAACUUAAGACGCAUUUGAGGCAAGUUGCAGUUGCACUGGGCCAAUUGACGAACAAUCUGGUUUUUACGUCAAGUUCGAAUCCCAGUUCACAAACCUAUGCUUCAUGCAUUUUUAAAGAUUUCCAAUCAUGCCUUACAACGUGUUUAGAAACGUCUGUAGAGCUUUAAUCCUUUGUACCCUAUGUUAAAAACAAUAUUCAAUCGAGUUUCGAACGAGAAAAAAAAACUAAUUCUGUUCUUUUAAAAGUUUGUUCAAAAAUAUCACGGAAGGUUUGUUUCUUUAAAUAAAAUGUACUUACCCAGAAAGCUUAAUAAAAUAAAAUGGUGAAAAUAAA